UGUCUUAUGAAAAAAUCUUUUUAACCUGAUUGUAUAAAGUAAAACUGGAUAAAUUAAGUAUAUAUUUGCACAGUAAUGUAACUGGCUAUAUUGAAAGUUUCACAGUUGUUUGUUAAUUGAUUAAUUAACCCACCCUGGGAAGGGGAGGGGUUUCACCAAUAUAGGGUCUGUUCACAUUUGUAUUCUUAUCCUGAUGAAGGGAGGUUUAUCCCCCCGAAACGUUGAUCACGAGGUGAUAUAAUAAAGAGGGGUGUCCCCCCAACUGCUGAUAAUAGCGUGUGUGCGGAUCCGUUUCUUGUUUGCUGUUGCUAAGGGACCUGGCCGGGGUCAACGGAGAAACCAGCACCACCAACGCAGUGAGAGGAAAGGCGAGUGUGCGGUAGGAACAUUUAUUACAGAAUCUGUUUUGGCAUUUAAUACCACCAGCACCUCGCACAAAAUGUCGUUUGCAGACAUCAGUCAAAUCACCACAAAGUGUGCAGCACCAUUUGGAUUCACAGAGGAAGAGAGAAGGGAGAUCUUGGGCACUGCACAUACCAUCCCAGUGUUAACCCCUGUGACACCAGAAAGAAAUCUGCUUAAACACUAUGAUUUCAUCAUGAAGAAAGAACUGAGCCUUACCUUGCACCUUUCCACUUUAAUUGAAUAUGUGAAGGUUUCCAGAAUCCCCAGAGGGUUGAGAGUGCACCUGGAACCCAUUUUGUGCAAAGAUGAUCCUGUGUUUAAAGAAAGAUGGCAUCAGAUCUUGGACAAAUGCAGCUUGGACCUGAUGACACUAACCAUACAAUCGCUGCAAAAGGAAAUCAAGGAAAUAUCACAGGAAGUGCACAAGUUAACCCAAGAUAUGAAAGAAGCAUUUACUGCCAUAAAAACUGCUGAAGUGAUCGAGGCUACUAAGAUCGAGUUGGAGAAAUUGCAAAGUAACCUAUUACAGAAGAAGUUGCGCAAAUUCAAGCGCGAUACACAGGAUUACCAGAUGGGCCGAGUCUACACCUGGGCGCAAUGGAGAGGAGGAGAACGCCGGGAUACUAGACGAUACUACCGCCCACGUGACGGACGCAUCCGGAUGACGUCACCGGAGCGCCAAAGAGAACACAGUCGCACCGAUACAUCGCCGGCGGAGUCACUGGAGCGGAGCUCGGAGUCCUCACAGGAUACAGGGAGCGGAGUGCUCCGCUCACAACCAGCCAUUCCUUUUUUAGGUACAAGCGCACAAGGAGGGGACUCAAGAGGGGACCCAGGAACAGAUCGCAGAGACAUGUACCCGAGGCAGGCGGCACAGAACAAGAGAUAUCAAGGGGACAAGGACAAUCGAUCACGGAAGAAGAGAUGAGGCACAUGGAGAAUAAACAGAGUAUCAAUACAUAAUAGAACAUUAUUUAUACAGUGAGUAAUUGAUCCUGUAAUAUUUAGUAAGCACAUUUCA